AUGGCCAUCUCUCCUUUAAACCCAAAAGCCUAUUACCAUGCUCGCUCUAUCAGCUUGCCCUCUAGACCACACCCUCUCAUCCCUGAAUUUGAUGAGCAUUUGUGCAGAUUAAGAGCUUCUGAAGCCACCUCUUCAUCAUCAAAAAGCCACAAACUUACGGGCCUUAGAGAUCUACAUGAUUGUGUCCAUAGUUUUCUUCUUCUGCCAUUCACUCAACAAACCUUAGCUCAAAACCGCCAUGAGCAAUGGGUCGAUGAGCUGUUGGAUGGAUCUCUCAUGCUUCUGGACAUAUGUGGCACAGCUAAGGAUGCCUUGCUGCAGACAAGGGAAGGUGCACGUGAACUUCAAUCAAGUAUGCGCAGAAGGCGAGGAAGUGAAAAUGGGAUCUCAAGUGAGGUUGAGAAAUAUUUAACCUCUAGGAAGAAAGUAAAGAAGGCAAUCCACAAGGCCCUAAGGAAUCUGAAGGGCAUGGAGAAGGAGUGCAGAUUCUCUGCCUUGAACAAAGACCCUGAGACUCUCUCCAUGGUCAGCAUGUUAAGAGAGGUGGAAACAAUCACUCUCACAGUGCUUGAAUCUCUGCUGUCUUCAAUAGCUGGGGUAACAGCACAAUCCAAGCGAAGUGGCUGGUCUUUAGUCUCAAAAUUGAUGCAACACAAGCACGUGGCAUGCGAGGAAGCAGAAGCCAAUCUUAGUGAAUUUGAGAAGGUGGAUGCUGCAUUGUGCACCAUCCUUGGCCACAAGAACAAAUCAGUUAAUGUAGUGCAUGUUGAUAAUGUGCAUAAUGAGGUAGCAAAGCUGGAAUCAAGCAUUCAAGAUCUUGAAGAAGGGAUAGAGUUCCUUUCAAGGCAUUUAAUCAAAACCAGGGUGUCUCUCCUCAACAUCCUGAGCCACUAG